AUGAAGUUUUCACGUCUCUUUUUAGUAGUACUGGAGAUGGAUUACCUUGCCUUCUUCAUUGUUGCUGCUCUGCAAUCGUAUCAAAUUGAAGGAGAACAUGUGGAUUCUACUGUGAAACUUGCCAGUGCCAUGACUCUUGAAUGUGUCUUUCCGAAGGCUGCAAAUAUAGUCCAGAUGUUUUGGCAGAAGGAGGAACGCAAAGAGAACAUUGCAGUCUUCAAACUGCCUGACCAAUUGCAUAUUUCCAGCAGAUAUAAGGACAGAGUCAGUGUUACUAACGAUACCUCGAACAUCAAGUCCUUGGUGUUCAAUAGCACAACUGGGGAAGAUACUGGCUUUUAUCUAUGCUCUUUUCAUACCUUCCCGCUUGGGACUUGGAAAAAGAUAAUACAGGUUGUCCAAUCAGCAGGGGAUUUUGAACCUCGAAACUUGUCAUAUCAUCAUAUGGUUGCUGAACCAGGAGCAAAUGUCAACUUUACCUAUGGGCCUGACCCCGAAACAACACUUUAUCAAGUGAAAUGGAAAAGGAUCUAUACAGACCAUGUGGACUUCAUAGUCCAAUGUGAUAAAUCUGGUACAGCAGUCUAUGGUUCAGAUUACGAAGACCGUGUAGUGAUAGACUGUGCCACCCGGGUGGAUAGCACAAUUGUACUUCGGAAUGUCACAGCUUCUGACUCUGGGAUGUACAGCUGUUCUUACAUUGGGACGAAUGGUGCAAAUGCCACAGUCUGGACAAAACUGACCAUUGAUGGCAACAUUUCUUUGGAGAGUCAUUCUGAUCAGUGUAUCUUUGUUAUUGCUGGAGCUGCUGCUGUCUUAUCAUUAAUAAUGAUCCUCAUCAUUACUGCGCUUAUUUGUCAUCAUAAAAAAAAGAAGAAGAAGAAAAGGAUGAUGAUGAUGAAAGACUUUCGUCUUGCUCACACACAAGCAAAUCAAAGGCAAAUGAGACUGCAAAGAGUGAAGGCAAAUGGGGCGCUGCAGCCAAGAGAACAAGAGAUUGACAAGAAGCAUCAAAACAAGCCUUCAAACAAAUAUGGAAGACCUGGUUGUCAGAGUGCAGUAAAUACUAGCAGAGGACAAAUGACAGAAGAUCCAGUCUAUGCCAACUGCACAAAUUGCUCGCACAGACAUAUGUGAACAUGGCCUCUUGUCUACUAUGUGAAUGACCUAGAGCCAAGGCUCCAACAAUUUUUACAUUGGGAAUGUGACUGGAGAGAGAAAAAAACCAUUCCACUACCAUUUCACUCAUCCGUGACUGAAGAAGUCCCACACACAUACAAUUGAACUGUGUGAAGACUGUAGGUAUAUACGAAGAGAUAAUUUACAUAGGGGUCAAGAGAUUAAUAGUUGUGCAAGGAAGACAAAUCGGCUGUGAUGCGACUUGGAAUGUCAGCAGAGCUGCUUUGUGCUGAUACAAAUUUGAAUAUAAGUGGACUAUUGAAAUAAGAGACUGAAAAUAGGCUUUAAGUUGUCUUGCAGCCAAGCACUGAGUAGGUCAGAUGCCACUUUCCAUAACAAAGCUGCUGCUGGCUCCUGGUGAGGUAUGUUUCCUCUGGACACAAUUCAGUAUGGACACAAACACACACCCUUCCUUCUGCCCAGAACAGGUAGCCUGAACAGAAGUUCCUGCCCAUUGCCGUAAUAUGAUUACUCAAGCUUGCCGAGAAAGCAAAUGA